CCGAUCUCUCUUUAAUACAUUCAGAAAUCCUCUCGCCAUAACUUUCUCUCUACCAUUCUUCUAUCCAUCUUGCCUUUUCACUUGCAAGGGAAAACAAUGGGGAAGCAAAGCAGAUCUAAGAAACCAGAGAAUCUGGGCAAAGGGAAAGUCACUCCAGUCCAAGUCGCAUUCAUCGUCGAUCGCUACCUUUCCGAUAACAACUACUCCGAGACUCGUUCUACUUUCCGAAACGAAGCUUCUUUUCUCAUCUCCAAAUCCCCUGUUCGAGAGGCACCGAAGAGUUUGUUAAGUUUGGGCGCGAUGUUAGACGAGUAUAUUUGUUUGAAAGAGCAAAAGGUGUUAGUAGAGCAGGAAAGAGUUCGUUUGGAGCAAGAAAAAUGCAGGGUUCAGUCCCUUUUGCAGGGAAUGCAAAGUGUAAUGAACACUUACAAUGCGAGUGCCACUACAUCAGUGCCUAUGAUUCCUCAUGUAAAUGCAACUAAAACAGUAUCCGUGGUUCCUCAAUCAGAUCCACGUGCUGGAUCUCCCCCAGGUCUUCCCGUGUAUAGUACACCGACUGUUAUUCCAAUAUCUGGUCCUUUUAAUUCCAGAAUGGAGAGAAAUAAUUACUCUUCUCCAGUUACAAGUCGUCCAUUAACAAGGAAUAAAAGAAGCUUGGAGGCCGUCACUGAAGCCCCAGCAGCUGCAAAGAAAUCUCGCAACAAGUUAGCUUCUAGGAAGUUAACUGUGCAGGGAAUUGAAAAGCUGCCAGAGUCUGCUAAUGUAAUGAAUAGACAAGUAGCUGGUCAGUUCAGAUCUUUAAAUCAAUCAAAACCUUCCAGCUGCACACAAAAUGAAUUGACGACGCAUGUAUCUGGUGUUGCAAAGUGUUUGUUCAAUCAGCCACAGCUAUCCCCUCCAACUAAUUCUUCAGGUCCUAAGACGCCCCUACGAGCAGUUUCCCCUCAGAGUGAUAAAUCAAUGACUCCACCAGGUGUUUCCUCAACUGCUAACUGCAGUCACAACGUUACUCCUCAAGAGAUCACUCCUACUAACUGCACUAUAAUUUCAACUGAGAGAGUUACAGUUAGCCCUUUAAAACAAAUGACAUGUUACACCAUUGAGAGGAAUCAUUGCAUCUCCUCUUGUUCACCAGUAAAGACAUGCUUGAAGAGGGUUGGUAAGAGGGAUCAUGUAAAGAGCAGGCUGGACUUUGAUGGUUCUGAUGCAACAGUGCAGGUGGACAAACCAAUAUUGAAUGAGACUUCAACAUCUGCGUCUGAAAUGGAUGCAGAUUUUUUUGAUCUGGAUUUGCCAAAUUUAGAUGCUUUAGGGGAAAAUUUCUCCUUCUCGGAACUGUUAGUGGAUCUUGAUCUUGGAUCUGAUGGAUUUGGCUACCCUUGCCAACCAACAUUGGGUACUUCUGGAGCUGCUCUUUCAGGGUCAUCUCAUGACUCCGGGGAUGACAAUCUGGGGGCUAAUCAAGUCAUGUCAAAGUUUUCAUCUACUGUCACAGAAGUGCUUUCUGAGAAUAACAUGAAUGCACAAGGUGGAGCCAACACCCUGACAUCAGUGAAGUCUAUAACAAAAUGCAUAAAAAUAUUGAGCCCUGCAAAAGGUCAAAGGAAUUCUCCGGAGCAACAAAAUUACCCUGCUACAAACUGAGUGGUUUUACCAUCAAGAUGACUAGUUGGCUGACUGUACACCACAAUCACAGCAAGCAAUGCUUAACAACACACUUCUUAUUUUGGUCAACAAAUUUUAAAACCUUUCAGCGUUUUAACACAGCAUGAAGCCACUUUCUCUGUAAAG